AGCUUAAUCAUGAGCAGUUCCUGCAACUCUUUUGCUCGAGAGUUCUUGGCUGAUGUCAACCAACUGUGCAAUGGUGGAACUCAAGGAUCAGAAGCAAAAGAAGAUGAAGAAGAGGAGAGCAACAUGGCAGUGCUUGGGGAAUAUCUUGUCAAUGGUCGUGGAUUGUGGCUACUUAGAACUCUGAAUGCUAACAUCGAUCAGGUAAUACAUUUUUUAAUGGAUAUUUUUUCUAGAAUACUACAUUUAAACAGUGAUAUUAAAGGAACACUCCAUGGAAAAAAACAAAUGACUAGUUUAGUAGAUAUAUACUAACUAAAGAAAGUAAUUGUUUUAUAUUUUCUUUGUGGUAAAUUAAAUCCUGUGUGCCACAACAAGGGUGAGGGUUGCUUGAGGGGGACCCACGAGGUGUGACCUAGGGGCAGAAAGUAACACUUCCUAUUUUUUAUUUGAGUUGUACGGAGGACAUAGCUCCUGGGGACAUGGAGUAGGACAACUUCUCGGCGGUCCCUAGAACUCUUACAACUAGAGGUUCACUCAAUGUCCACUUUAACAGGAGCAGAUGCCCUGGGGGAAUAGCUAGAAAUAAGAUAUAAAGGCACACUCUUGAAAACUAGGAUGGGGACGUAAAGGAUGAGGGGAGGGGUGGGGGGAGCACAUGUGGGUUGACAGGGAUAAAAAUUUAUUUUAAUUAUGAAAGCAGAAUAGUUUGUUCACAGUAGUCCGAUAUUUAGCUACAGGAGGACACAGCAUGGGACUGGGGGGGUCGCAUCGCCACACGAACCCUACACCAACCUAACUAUGCUGGCAGCAGAAGCCGGAGUACUCAGACAGGGCCCAUGGGAAGACUGAAUGAAUACCUGGGAGGGAGUCCUCAUUUCUGACAGAGGUACAUUCACCAGUCAUGUUAUUGUAUUUGGGAAUUUUACAGUAUGACUACAGUUGCUCAUGUGCUCUGGCACACAUCCUAUAUACACAGGCCCACAGGCUGUAUUACUAAUGGCGAGGAUUGCUAAUAUGACACUGAUCUAACUCAGAGCUUAGAGCCGCACAGGGGAGAUGGGGAAGCUCUGACUUGGUUGAGUUCUGAGCGACAAUUUGCGUGUCCGCAACAAAAUAGUUUGGAGCGAAUCCGGGAUACCCGGACAUGAUCCACUUGUAGGUUCUGGGCCUCCUUCCAUUUCCCCUCAGAACAAAGCAUCUUUGUUUUGGUGAGCGGGACCCACGAAUCACCGGUGGUACCGUGUGCCACUGAACCCCGUCGCUUGUUCCUUGAAGUCACCUCUUGUUCCCCUCCUUUUUUUUUUUUUUAACUUUUCCUUCCCUCUCUCCUCUCUCAUCCCAACAACUCCCCUGCCACUCCUUACUUAUCCCCACAACUCCCCUGACGUGACCAAAGUGGGCUGACCUAGUGAUUGUACUGACGGCACGCUACAGCAUUCAGAACUGCAUUGAUGCCAGUCAGUCUUUCCAUUCUCUCCAUAAACGCUAGAGGGCUCAGCAAGCCAGAGAGGUGCUCAGGGGCCCUGCAAGGCUUCCACAACAAACGAGCCUCUAUUGUCCUUAUCCAAGAGACGCACUCAAAGUAAGGGGCUAGGCCUAAACCGACUUAUCACCAUUUAAUGCUAGGCUACUAUAGCGACUACUUUUAGAGAGAGUUCAGAGAAGGGCUACAAAACUGCUAUAUGGAUUGUAACAAGGAAAGGUUAAAGGAUUUUAACAUGUAUAGCUUGGAGGAAAGAUGAGAUAGGGGAGAUAUAAUAGAAACAUUUAAAUAUAUAAAGGGAAUUAACACAGUAAAGGAGGACAGUAUAUGUAAAAGCAGGAAAACUACCACAAUAAGCGGUCUUAAAUUAGAGGGGCAAAGAUUUAAAAAUAUCAGAAAAUAUUACUUUACUGAGAGCGUAGUGGAUGCAUUGAAUAGCCUUUCAGUUGAAGUGGUAGAAGUUAACACAGUGAGGGAGUUUAAGCAUGCGUGGGAUAGACAUAAGGCUAUCCUAGAUAAAAUAAACUAUUUAAAGUAUUUAGAAAAUUGGGCAGACUGGAUGGGCUGAAUGGCUCCUACCUGCUGUCACAUUCUUUUUCUCUCAUUAGGGACUAGUGAUGUCGCGAACGGUUCGCUGCGGUUCGCCACGAACUCCAGUCAGCAGACCCAUCCCGGCCAAUCUGCAGCAGACCCUCCCUCCCAGGCCCUCCCACCUCCUGGGCAGCAUCCAUUUUGAAGGGUAACGGCCUGGAACAAGGUGCCCAGGUUAAACUCAUCGAUAUCAGCAGCCCGCUGACCCAGAUCUUCCUUAUAUUAUUAUUAUUAUUGCCAUUUAUAUAGCGCCAACAGAUUCCGUAGCGCUUUACAAUAUUAUGAAAGGGGAUUUAACUAUAAAUAGGACAAUUACAAAUAAACUUACAGGAACAAUAGGUUGAAGAGGACCCUGCUCAAUCGAGCUUACAUUCUACAGGAUACUCAGGGAGUGGGACCAAAGUGCUGUGUCUAUUGGGCAAUGCCAAUGUGGCCCUCAACUCGGAAUGUCGCAAGGCGACACUUUACAAACUUGAUGGGAAAUUAGCAGAUUUGGCUUCUGAGGAGCUGGAUACGGAUGCCAAGGGCCUGCUAUUUGGAGACGCCUUCAUGAGAGAAUCGGCAUGUCUCCAUCUACACGUUCCUCGACAAGGCACAAAAAUCACUCUGAAGGGUCUUCCGUUCUGGGGAUCGUUUUUUCCUCCAGGGCUUGUCGGGACAGGGGCCGCACCACCAGCAGAGCUGCUUUCAUGGGCAACAGGCCCCACCUCUCGGAGUCCUUCUCCUCCUCAUCCCGGUACCAGUACCAUCCAUUGUUCUCCCGGGGAUCUUCCAGGGGCGGGGUGCUUCAUCCACACGGGCAAGAUAUGCCUCAGGUAAGAGUUCUGCCUUAUUUUCCACACUUACCCAUUGCAGGCAGACUGUCUCACUUUUUUCCUGAGGAGAUCUGUAGGUUCUGCAGACUGUGUCCGGAUUCUGGAUUGAUUUUGUGGCACCUCCAAAGCAGGCCUCUGCUCCAAGACCUAUUCAGAUGAACAAGGAGUCGUCCGACCUGAUCCAUUCAGAAAUACUCGCCCUAUUAGACAAGGGAGCGGUGGAGAGGGCGACAGGCCCCCUUCGCUUCUUGAGCAAUAUCUUCAUGGUGAGGAAGAAGUCAGGGGAUUUCCGCCCUGUAAUCAAUCUGCGCGCCCUUAACACAUAUGUCUACCAUCAUUUCAAAAUGGAAGGCAUCCACCUUCUCAGGGAUCUACUCCGCGAGGACGACUGGUUGUGGAGACAUAGAGAAGUCGGAACGGACCCCUUUCGGUCGAUUCAGUUUCUUGGUUUUGUGGUGGAUUCGGUUCAGGGUGAUGUCUAAAAGUUGAAAUGUUUGCCCCCAACCUCGCUGGUAAAUUGCAGAUUCAGUAUGUUCACAUUAAACAGUCGUACAAACUCGUUGAAUUCUUCUACUGAACCCAGCCAUACUACAAGCACAUCGUCGGUAUCUGGUAUCCCAGAUGGCUGUCCUAAGGAAGGACAUCAGACGCCUACUCCGCAAUCCGAGGGUCACGUUAAGGGAUCUGGCCCAGACGAUAGGGCUGCUAUCUUCCUCCAUUCAAGCCAUCUUCCCGGGAACCCUGCACCUGGAAGGGCAAGGUGAUCUUCGGAUCCAGGCCAGACUUCGUCCUGGAAUCGGACGCCAGCUGCAUAGGCUAGGGCGCUACUUGCGAUGGUGUGGCGACUGGAGAGCUCUGUACCCCGGAGGAGCUGAUUGCAGGGUCCUUUGCCAUUUGCAGCUACACCAAAGGAAAAAGUCACUGCUUAUUGCUUCUUCGGAUGGACAACGUCUCGGCUGUCUGCUACAUUAACCGGCUGAGAGGUGUCCAUUAGAAACUUCUGUCGGAUCUCAAGAAGGACCUUUCCAGUACUGUCUGGACAAGAAGCUAUCGAUCGUGGCAGAAUAUCUCCUGGGACAAGACAAUCGCGUGGGGGACUGAAUUUCCAGACACUGGAGAGAAACUGCCCCCUCCCCUGUCCCCCAGUGUUUCGAAUGCUAGACUUCCUGCGAGGUCCCUUCCAUCUGGAUCUAUUUGAGUCCAGGGUGAAUCGUCAGAUGGAAUUGUUCUUCAGCUGGCUUCUGAAUCCCCGCAGCAUGGCAGUGGACGCAUUCAUACAAGUGUGGCCUCCAUCGGGGGCGUAUGCUUUACCCCCUUCUCCAUGAUUCUCGGGACGUUACAUCGGAUCAAGCUUCUGAGUGUGUCGAUUGUCCUGAUCACUUUGGAGGGGCCAACCGUGGUUCACUCUACUGCUGGAGUUAUCGUGCAAAGAUGUGCUACUAUCUGCCUCCAAGUUUCUCAUGCGAGAUCCAGCAGGGAAUCCAGAUCUGUUAAAAUUGGAGGAUCGUCUGUCCGUGGUGGCCUGGAACGUUUCCGGGUUUCAUGGGAUGUGUCAGGCUUAUCGACAAUGGCUAGAGAUUUACUCUGGGAUAAGAUAACUCACCCAGGUGUUCUCUCACCUCUACGGCACAGAGCGUACGAGUGUUCAUUUUAGAACCUGGUUUUCAGGAUUUGCUAUUAGGUAUCUGACUACAUAUCUAUUUUUAUAUUUCUCUACUAUUUCACUUUGCUUGUUUAAACAUGUUAUCAUCACAAGCAUGUCCAUCUUGCAUGCUAGUUUAUUGAUUCAGCAUGUUGGAUUCACCAUUUAUCACUUUCCUGCACUGUAAAUAUCCCUCUUUCAGACCGGUGAAGGGUUUGUUUAUAUUAUUCACUGGGUGACCGGGUUUGACAGCCGUCCAUGACGACAGCACGCACUGUAGGCGUGACGGGGGCGGAGCACGCAAGUACUGUGCCGGUAGAGGUGAGAGGAGAACACCUGGGUGAGUUAUCUUAUUAAUUGUAUAGGUAUAUAUUGCUUGUAUGUGUAUACAUUAUUUGUUGUCCUGUUAUUGACCCUGAAGAAAGUCCCGAACGGGGACUGAAACUUUGGUCGUUAUUUUUAACUUUAUCUAAUACAUUUUUGCUUGUUUUUUUAAAAAAGACCGGUGAGCAGCCAUUCUACUUGGAUGUUGUGCUAUUGGAGCUCAGGCUUAUGCGCCCGGCAUUGAAGCAGUCAAAGCAUGAGUGUAGGGGGAUUUUUUAUAUAUUUUUUAUAUAUAUAUAUAUAUAUAUAUAUAUAUAUAUAUAUUAUAUAAAUUCACACAUACAUACCUUUUGCAAAACGUAAAUUGACAUACAGUGCCUUGCUCAGAACAAAAUAGUCUAAGUUGGUGAAGUGAAAUGUGAAAAAUAUAUACAUAAAACUAUUUUUUAGAAAUAGAAAACAGAAAACUGGCAUUUGCGUAUGUAUUUACCCCUUUGUUAUGAAGCCCAUAAAAAGCUCUGGUGCAACCAAUUACCUUCAGAAGUCACAUAAUUAGUGAAAUGAUGUCCACCUGUGUGCAAUCUAAGUGUCACAUGAUCUGUCAUUACAUAUACACACACCUUUUUUGAAAGGCCCCAGAGGCUGCAACACCUAAGCAAGAGGCACCACUAACCAAACACUGCCAUGAAGACCAAGAAAGUCUCCAAACAAGUAAGGGACAAUGUUGUUGAGAAGUGCAAGUCAGGGUUAGGUUAUAGAAAAAUAUCAAAAUCUUUGAUGAUCCCCAGGAGCACCAUUAAAUCUAUCAUAACCAAAUGGAAAGAACAUGGCACAACAGCAAACCUGCCAAGAGAUGGACACCCGCCAAAACUCACUGACCGGGCAAGGAGGGCAUCAUAGAGGCAGCGCAGAGACCUAAGGUAACCCUGGAGGAGUUGCAGAGUUCCACAGCAGAGACUGGAGUAUCUGUACAUAGGACGACAAUAAGCCGUACGCUCCAUAGAGUUGGGCUUUAUGGCAGAGUGGCCAGAAGAGCCAUUAUUUUCAGCAAAAAAACAAAAUGGCACAUUUUGAGUAUGCGAAAAGGCAUGUGGGAGACUCCCAAAAUGUAUUGAGGAAGGUGCUCUGGUGUGAUGAGACUAAAAUUUAACUUUUCAGCCAUCAAAGAAAAUGCUAUGUCUGGCGCAAACCCAACACAUCACAUCGCUCAAAGAACACCAUCCCCACAUCGGCUCUUCCUUGGACCACUUUGGGGUUGCUGUAAUAGUACAUGAGCCAUAAGGGGACUCUUAUCAUUUCCCCUUUAGGCUAUCUUGUACGUUUUUCUUUUCCUUAAAAUUAUGUUACGUUUAGGGGUUACCCCCCCACAAAAUCUCAGCGUCCUGACACACACACUCUACUUUUCCUUCAUAUUAUGUAAAUACAGGGAUAUUCUUGAGCAAAACCUGUACCACUCUGUGCGUGAUUUGAGGCUAGGACGGAGGUUCACCUUCCAGCAGGACAAACACACUGCUAAAGCAACACUUGAGUGGUUUUAGGGGAAACAUGUAAAUGUGUUGGAAUGGCCUAGUCAAAGCCCAGACUUCAAUCCAAUAGAAAAUCUGUGUUCAGACAAAGAUUGUUGUUCACAAGUGCAAACCACCCAACUUGAAAGAAGCUGAAGCAGUUUUGCAAGGAGGAAUGGGCAAAAAUCCCAGUGGUAAGAUGUGCAAGCUCAUAGAGACUUAUCCAAAGCGACUGCCGCAAAAGGUGGCUCUACAAAGUAUUGACUUUAGGGGGUGAAUAGUUAUGCACAUUGACUUUUUCUGCUAUUUUGUCCUAUUUGUGGUUUGCUUCACAAUAAACAAAAAAAAAAUACAUCUUCAAGGUUGUGGGCAUGUUCUGUAAAUUAAAUGGUGCAAAUCCUCAAACAAUCCCUGUUAAUUCCAGGUUGUGAGGCAACAAAACACAGAAAAUGCCAGGUGGGGGUGUGUGUGUGAAUACUUUUGCAAGGCACUGUAUAUGAUCCUUAUUUGACUUCAACUUAUUAGCGAAUCAUCAAUGAGCUUUUUGAUAUAAAUGAAUAUGAAUAACUAUAAUACUAUUGAUUUAUCUAGAUCGAGAUUAUUAAUGAUUAGUCUAUUUUCAAUCUAUGGAGACUUUACAUUAAGAUUGGGAUACAUUGUUAUUGACAAUACUGUACAAACUUUUUUCUUUCCUGCUUACUAUUUUCUCAUUCUUUUCAGCGCUAUGAAAUUGGAUUUAUUUAAUAGCAAUAUAACAUUAACUAAAUAGAGGAAGUGCAUUCAAGUCUAUACCAUUUCUAAGUCAUUUAGUUGUAGAUAUAUUUGAAUGAUCUUUAUUUACAGCACUCCUAUAUCUAUAUCCAUAUAUAUAUACACAUCUAUACAUACAUAUAUAUACACAUAUAUAUACACAUAUACACAUAUAUAUAUAUACACAUAUAUAUAUACACACACACAUAUAUAUAUAUAAUAUAUAUCUAUAAUAUAUAUCCAUAUAUAAUAGAAAAUGUAUCCAUACUUUCCGUAAUUUUCAUUUCCUGGUCAUAGGCCAUGGCAGCACAACAUUGGGUAGCUCCUUCCUAUCCUCAUUGGACAGGAAUAAUAAUUAAGCCGUAUAAGUACCACCUCCAACCCCUCCUUCCCCAGUCAUGUUUUACAGCAAUAGCCCCGGGUGGGACCCUUGUGCUGCCAUGGCCUAUGACCAGGACAUGAAAAUUACGGUAAGUAUGGAUACAUUUUCUAUUUUCCUGGCCAUAUCCAUGGCAGCACAACAUUGGGUAAUACCCAAGCAAUAAACCAGGGAGGGAAGAAAAAACACAGACUCGAAAUUUUUGAAUGCAAAGUGUAUUAACACCAUUAACCAGUGAAAAAACAAAGAAUCAUGUAUUGGAUACCGACAGAAAAGAUUUAGCAAAUUGAUCUGAUAGACCAGCUCUGACAUCAAUUUGAUAACUUUUAAUAAAGGUAUUGGUGGAAGACCAUGUGGCCACCUUACAAAUGAGCUCAGGAGAGACAUUAGCCGCUGCUGCCCAGGAAGAUGAGAGGGCCCUAGCGGAAUGGGCUUUAAGACCCACAGGAACCGGAUAUCCAGAGGAUUGAUAGGCCCAUAUAAUGGCUGCCACUAUCCAUCUGCUAAUAGUAGUUUUAGGGGCUUGUAAGCCUUUUUUACUACCACUAUGAAGGACCAAGAGGUUUUGAAAAAUGCGCCAAGCUGCCGUCCUUUCAUUAUAUAUCCGAAGGCAUCUCACUAGGUCCAGAGAUGACAUGUCAGUUGAACUCUUGCUUUCUUGGUAUUCAGGCGUCAGAGAUGGUAAAACAAUAUCUUCGUUAAUGUGAAAGACUUUAGGUCUGAAUUCAGGAACAGUACGGAGGAUAACUCUGUCCUUAUGAAAGACCGUAAAAGGUUCCUUACUGGAUAGGGCGUGAAGCUCCGAAACUCUCCUGCCGGAAGCUAGGGCGAUCAGUAAAGCUGUUUUGAUAGACAGAACCUGCAGAGGAACUGAUUUAAGGGGUUCAAAAGGUUCUAAUUUUAAGGCGUUCAGAACCAAAGGGAGAUUCCAGGAGGGAACAAAUGGUUUAAUUGGAGGUUUAAUUUUAAGGACUCCUUUAAUGAAUCUGAUAACGUCUGAAUCUAAUGCCCAUCUAUGAUUGGUUAAGGCGGACAAAGCUGAGACGUGUACUUUUAGAGUAUUAUAACUCAGACCUUUAGAAAGUCCAGACUGCAGGAACUCCAAAAUAUCCGUGGAAGAAGGAUUCUGAAGAUCAAUGUUUCUAGGAAGAGCCCAGGCGGAAAAAAUUUCCCACACUCUAUAAUAGGUGGCUGAAGUAGAAUGCUUACGAGCCUUCAGCAUAGUUUUUAUUACGGCCUGGGAGAAUCCUUUGUUCACAAGCCUGUUCCUUUCAGUCUCCAUGCCAUGAGAUUUAGUGAGACAGGGUUUGGAUGCAACACUGGGCCCUGGAACAGUAGAUCCGGAGUUCUGGGAAGAGGGAGAGGAGGUUCCACUGAAAGGUUCAGAAGUAGGGGAAACCAAGGCCUUCGAGGCCAAUAGGGGGCUAUCAGGAUGAGAGAUACCUUCUCUGUUCUCAUCCUCCUCAGGAUUGGGAAGAUCAGAGGGAAUGGAGGGAAUGCAUACCCUAUUUUGAAUCUCCAGGGGCUGGAUAACGCGUCUCUUCCCAGUGCUAGAUGGUCUUUUUCUUUCGUGAAGUAAAUCUUUACCUUCCUGUUGACACGGGUAGCCAGUAGGUCGAUUUGAGGGAGACCCCACUUGUCCAUAAUCAUGCGGAAUGCUCUGUCCGAUAGGCACCAUUCUCCUGGGUCUAUCCUGGAUCUGCUGAGGAAAUCGGCUAAUUGAUUCCGUUUUCCUGGUAGAUGGAUGGCAGUAAGCCCUGCUAGGUUCCUCUGAACCCAUCCCAUCAGUUGUUUCAUAAUUCCCAUCAUUUUGCCACUCCUGGUGCCUCCUUGGUGAUUGAUAUAGGAUACCACGGUGGUGGUGUCUGUCCUUAUCUUUACCCAUUGGUUUUUGAGAUACACUGAGAAAUGUUUCAGUGCUUUGAGGACAGCAAGAAGUUGUAGUAGAUUGGAAUGCACAUCGUCUGUCAUGAAAUUCUAUUCUUCCUGUGCAAAGUGUUGGAGACAAUGUGCACCCCAUCGGCUGGCAUCUGUUGUCACUGCUAUCCAUGUGAUGUCUCCUAGCGGAAACCCCCUGGAAAGGUGUUCCUUGUUCAGCCACCAGAUCAGAGAUUGGCAUACUUCUCGGGAUAACUUGAUGGGUUGGAGUAGAUUCAUGGAAGCAAAUUGCGUCAGGAAAUUGGCUUGAAAUGGUCUCAUCUUCCAUUGUGCCCAUCUGGUCAGACCUAUUGUGGAUGACAUGGAUCCGAGGAGACUCAUUACCGUCUUUGCAGGAACAACACUGGACUUUAUUAUCUUUCCCAAUUUUAUCCUGAGCUUCAAUAUUCUUGUCAUAGAAAGUUGGACCGUACCUCUCAGAGUGUCGAAGUGAGCACCUAAAUAGAUCAUGGAUUGAGUUGAGUGGAGGUGGCUCUUCUUGGUGUUGAUCUUCCAGCCGUGAGCUUGUAAAAACUGGAUGCAGGUAAUAGCUUGGGAGGUCAAUGAAUCUUUGCUGUCUCCUAUAAUUAGGAUGUCGUCCAAAUAAUGAUAGAUAGCGAUAUUCAUCUUUCUUAGUUCUGCAAUCAGAACUACCAAUACUUUUGUGAACGUCCUUGGAUCAGUGCUUAGUUCAAACGGCAGUGCUCUGAACUGGAAAUGACCCUCUUCUACGGCAAAUCUCAGAAACCUUUGAUGGGAUAGGGCAAUGGGUAUAUGGAAGUAGGCGUCUAACAGGUCUAUAGAUAACAUCCAUUGGUUGUGUGAGAUCACUUUUAUAAUGGACUGCAGGGAUUCCAUCUUGAAUCUGCGAAUGUGUAGAUGUUUGUUUAAUCUGUGCAGAUCCAAAAUAGGUCUCCAUCCUCCUGAGGAUUUCUUUGUUAGGAAGAUGUGAGAGUAGAAUCCCUGAUUUCUGUUGUUUGCCGGUACCGCUGUGAUGACAUUCUCUGCUUGCAAGAAUAGAAUGAAGUUUUGUAGAGCCAUACGCUUCUCCUUGUCCCCUGGCCACUUUGUGAGAUGAAAGGACCUGUUGGGAGGAUGCUUGAAAAAUUCUAGAAGGUAUCCUCUCCGAAUAAUAUCCAGUACCCAGCUGUCGCUUGUGGAUUCUUCCCAUCUGUGUAGAUAUUGGAGAAGACCGGCCCCGACCCCUUUGGACUUGGGAAUUAUAUAGUCAUGAAUUCCUUGGGUUUUUGGAGGAAAAAGUACCUCGUAACUUGCCUCCUCUUCCUCCAGAUUGGGCUCCUCUUCCCGGUUGAAAUCUGGAAUAUUCUCUGCCAGGCUUGUAAGAUCUACUAUCCCGAAAGGAAUGAUAUUCUUUUCGGGCACGAAAGGAUCCUUCUUUAUACAUUCGUUUAAGUUCUUACCAAACAACAUAUUCCCGUGGAAAGGCAAAGAACAUAAACUAUUCUUGGAGGAAGCGUCAGCUGCCCAAGAUCUAAGCCAAAGUGCCCGUCUGGAGGAAAUCGAAAAGGACAUAUUCCUAGCAAGAUUCCUUACUAGAUCUACUGCUGCUUCGGAUGAAAAUUCAAUUGCUAGAUGCAUAUCUCUCAUACUAUCCACAAUGGAGGAACGGCUCCUGCCACUCCUGAUGUCCUCCUCCAGAUCUUGUAACCAUACUUUCAUAGUUCUUGUGACUGAUGUGAGAGCAACGGCAGGGUGGAGACUUGAGCCUGAGGAUACAUAUGACUUGGAAAGGUAGUACUCCAUUUUACGAUCCAUUGGGUCCCUGAAUGAACCAGCAUCGUCCACAGGUAGGGUAGUAUGUUUUGCUAACCUGACAACUGCAGCAUCAACCUUGGGAGCAAAAUCCCAUGCUUCAGCAUCUUUGGGCUCAAAUAGGUAUAAUCUGGAGAAUUUUCCUUUGGCAGAUGAUCUCCUGUCAGAUCUAAACCAUUCUUCCUUAAUAAGAUCCCUGAUAGUGUCAUGCACCGGGAAACUUGCCCUUUUCCUCUUAAGAUUGGAGAAGUAACGAUUUGAUGUAGAGGGCUCCUCCUCUGAUGGUUCCUUUAAUGUAAGGGUUUCUCUAACCCGGGCAAUUAAACGAUCCACUUCCGCUGGUACAAGGAAGUCUGGAUCUGGCAUAGCAUCCUCCUCCGAGGAAAAGGCUAGGUCUCUUAGUGAAGCUGACUCCAUAAACUCAUCUUCUGAGUUUCCUGGAGAAAGAUCUGAGGGCUCAGAAUAUCUAGGUCGCUUAUGGGUCAUUCCAACCUCUCUGAUACCCUGGGCAACUGCAUGCUUUAUAAGUUGCAUAAUAUCCGGUGUUGGCUGAGAAGGUCCUGCAGCUGCUGAGAGACAAUUUGAACAGAGACGUUUCCCCUCUAUGGCUCUGUUGUCACAGGAUAUGCAUAGCGUCCUUUUGGGCGACUUCCCUUUGGACGAUCCUGAAGUCUUUGUACUUUUUGCACUACAAUACACAAGACGUGCUUUAAAUACAUACCCACUCUUUUUUUCUUUUUUUUAUUAUUAUUUAUGAGAUGGCUUACCUAUAUUGCUUUGAUUGUGACCUAUUGUGAGACGAAUCCGAUUCCUUGGAUCUUGAACGAGAAUCCAUCUGGAAAUGGUUGAUUGAACAGAAGAAUUUAAACCAGGAAGAGAAAGGAAAUAAAAAUAAUAUAUAGGAGGAAAAAAAAAAAAAUUACUUACGUUGUCCCAGGAAGGAAGACUGGAAAAGGUGAAGAAGCUGACAGUAUCGCUAAUAUACCAUUGAGUGUGCACUUCCUGUCAGUCCGGCCGGGUCGCGGACCGGAAAGGAGCUCGGCCACGCUACAGCAGGGCCGGGGAGGUGAGGCACUGCGGCAGCCGUCUGAGCGCUCUCUAUAGAGCGCUCAGGCGGCUGCAGCAUUAGAAGGGCCGGCGAUGGGGGUGCAGGGCGCCCCCUCCUAUAUGGCGCCCUAGGCGGCUGCCUAGUUCGCCUUAUAGGAAGCGCCGGCCUUGCAUAUAGUGGUUUAUUGGGCAUAGGCUAAGCUCCCUUUUUUCCUGGGUAGGCCAUAAAACUUGUUUAUCGCAUGCACCAGUCUUAGUUUAUAAUGUGUAAUUGCUUUGUCUUCACAACCCAGUGGUAUUUUCUUUUUGUGUAUUUUUUUUCUUACAAGCCUAUGACCCUUUAUGUUCCAGUGGUUCAUAGCUAUAAUUUGCAAUACAUGCUGGUAUGAUUAUGCAUCUUCUGCUAACACUCUAAGCAUAUUUGUACCCUACUUUACUUCCUUUUGAAGCCUUUAUGAACACUCUUAUUUCUUUGUAAAUAUUAGCUAAUUAAGUCUACAUUAAUAACGGUUAGUCUUUAACAUAUUACCAAGAGACAAAAGCCUAAUGUAACAUGCUUUCUUUCUUAAGACAGUUCGUUAGCUGCGAAGACUAGUAUUAUGAUCCAGUUAUGGUUAGUUUGCAUUUUUUUGCCCAACUAUGCUAUGUUGUCUGAAUUUUGCAGGUUAUUUGUAAAUUCACUGCAACAUGCUGUUUAGUGAAUAGUCUACUAGUGGUGAAUUACUUUUGUCCAGUAAUGAAUUGUUUACUUUUCAUUUUCUUUCUCUGCUCUCACUCUGGUAAGGAAUGCUGUGAAAAGGUUUACACAUAUCAUUACAUAGUGGUGUUGAAUGUAAAUGCUAGCUCUUGAUUGGUAGCAUCUUGAAGUGUGAUCUGCAAUGUCAAUAAAUAGGUCUUCUGAUUGAUUUUACUUUUAUUUGAAAGGCCAAUGGAGCAGAAAACCAUGUCCUUUAUUUUUCUCCCCACUUAUAUAUGUUUUUGAUGUCCGUUUUUUGUGGGUAAAUGUUAUCUUGAACUUUGUACUAUUUUGACUAACAUUUAAUAGCAUCUUGAGUACUUUUACGAACAAUCGCCUUCCUUUUUGCACAGGAUUUAACAUGCCGAGAGGAACUCCUUACGUUACUGAUAUCUUUGCUGCCUUUGGUUUGGAAGAUACCUGUACAAGAAGAAAAAGCAAGAGGUAAGCUGUUAUUUAUGACUUUUGUAUCAGAUGUGACUUUUUAAUUUGUAAUCUUUUUUCAAGCAAGCUUUUCAUAUGAACAGAUAUUGAGAAUAUUAAACACCCUUGAUUGGGUAAUUCGUAAAUAAGAAAAUAUGAGGAUAGCGGUCUAUCCUUGGAGUAACAAUGUUGUUUGAUAGAUUGUAGUGAUCAGUAAACCAUUCCCCCCCCCCCCCAAAUUCAGUUGAAUGAUAGUCACUAAAUGAUCUUGAAACUCAUGUAGCUUAUUGUUGUCUGUAGAAAUAAUGUGUGGUAGUGGGGGUAAGGUAGAAUGUGUGUUUAAUGUGGCAUUUUGAUUUCAAACUCUUCUCAGUUGUUUUUAUGUUAUUGGCUGAAUAUGGUAGAUGUGAGUGUUAUAUCUAUUUAUGUAACCAUGUGUGGAUGUAGAACUGUAGAACUGAGAUCUGAGUAAUCCCAAGGUUAUUUUAAUAAGUUAAAUAAGCACUUUUUAGAUAUGUCAAGAGAAAGCUAGAUUGUACCUUAAAAUAGCCAUUUAUUGUUUCAUCCAUGGAUAGAUGCUGCAGUUUUAUUUAAGAAAGUCGGAGCUCAUAAUUUAUAGAGACACACAUGCAUAGGAAGCACCACUGAAAAAAUAACUGGUAUUGUAGGAAAGUAAAUACUUCUAGUGAUAAAAAAGAUUUUCUCACUAAGUUAUUGUAGGAAAAGAAGGAAGGAUUUCUCCCAGCUGACUGUUCAGCAUUGCCAGGAAUUUAACUUGUGUUUACCUUUAGUUGCUGGGAUAAACGCAAGUAAGAGGUGUUGUAUCUUGAAAAGUAGUUUACACAAAAUUGAAAAUUAGAAAAUUAAUUCUGUAGACAAACAAUAUAUUUUUUUCAGUUUUUGUCGAAAUACAGCUAAAAUCCUAUGCUCUGUUUAAUUUGGUAAAUUUUUAAUUUAGGAGAAUUCUUUAAAUCUCGCAAUAGAGUUCAGUACCAUAGUUGUAUGCAUAAACAAGAGAAUUUUAUGUAUUUUAAUGACUCACGUUGUUAUUGCCCCUGCAUUUUAAAUUAUUGUGCUGAUUUUGCCUAAUGCUUUAUUGGUAAAAAUGUAACUAGUCAAUAUAUGUCAGUUCAAGCAGUAUUCAUACUUACAUUGCAUUAGGUUUCUGGAAAAGGUAAUUGUGACUGAUAACUUACAGGGCAAUAGGAGAUCAAGGAACCUCCUCCUGGUGAAAAGUUUUUUGGAUAUCAAUGCAAAGAUGUAUUUUGCCGCCUCCUCCUCCAUACUCCUCAUACUUAGCCCAGAAUGGCUGCUUGAGAGCUACACAGUUAUAACCCCCCUAACCCUCCAUAUUUUACUUUUAAGAGUGUACUUCAACCAAAAAUAGUGUUUAACUUAACACAUUAAUGGGACACUAUAGUCAGCAGAGCAACUACAGCUUAUUGAAUCUGUUCUGGUGAGUAGAAUAAUUACCUUCAGGGUUUUUGCUGUAAACACAUUUUUUUUCAGAGAAAAUGCAAUGUUUACAUUACAGCCUAGUGAUAGCUUCACUGGCCACUCCUCAGAUGUCUGCUAGAGAUCCUUCCUGGGCCAUGGCUGCCUAAACUGCAUCCAAACAUUCAGUGUCUCCUCCCUCUGCAUGCAGACACUGUACUUUCCUCAUAGAGAUUCAUUGAUUCAAUUCAUCUCUAUGAGGAGAUGCUGAUUGGCCAGGGCUGUGUUUGAAUUGUGCUGGCUCUGCCCCUGAUCUGCCUCCUUAUCAGUCUCAUACAAUCCUAUGGGGAAGCAUUGUGAUUGGAUCAGGCUACCACUUCUGCUGAUGUCAGCAGGCAGUGGGCAGGUCUAAAGGAAACACGGACAAACUAUGCAGCUGCAGACUUGAAUUCAAGUAAGAAUUUAGUUUAUUUUUAGAGGUAUGAGGGGACCAGGGUGGCUAGAUGGUGGUUUUAACCCUAAAGGGUCAGGAAUAUAUGUUUGUGUUCCUGAUCCUAUAGUGCUCCUUUAAUCUAUUUCUGUACACCUGACAUAGAAACAAUGUUUACAUCUGUUGAAUGGUCACAAUGUAUCCGUUGCAAAGACAUUUUACAGAAUAUGUCAUUGACUUAAAGGACCACUAUAGUGCCCUGAGGGUGCCCCCACCUGACACAGGCCCACCUAAGUGCAUGGGCCACCCAAUGGGCCCCCAUAGUUUGCGGGCAGAGAGCAAAAGGAGCAGCUGUCUUGGGCCCCCCAGCUGGGACAGGGCCAGGGGCAGCUGCCCCGUUUGCCCUGCGUUAAAGACGGCCCUGUCUGAAACUGCUAUGUUUAUAAAAAAAAAUGAGUUAAUCCUAGCUGGACCUGGCACCCAGACCACUUCAUUAAGCUGAAGUGGUCUUGGUACCUAGAGUAGUCCUUUAAUAUAGUGGAUUUUCUCACUUCCCCCAAAAUGGCUUUAGGUGUACCCUAGUUUGCCUGGCCUUUUUUGUUUUUUUUUAGUAUGCUCCCAUCUUUCUGAAUGUGUAGAACAGCAGGCACCAUUAUUCACUUCUGGAUUAUUGUUGUUUUUUAGGUUAUGACCCUUAGCAGAAAAUUGGCUACUGACUGCUAAUUUUGAAUUAGCAAAUCUAAAGGUCAGAGGUCUGUGAAGCAUAAACAGACAAAAUGUACACAGCCAGUUAGUCGGGAAAAGAAUGAACAUGAAUGUCUUUUGUAUAUAAAGCUUCACACCUGGCUAAGGAACACUAUAGGGUGAGAAAUGCAAACGUGUAUUACUGACCCUGUAGUGUUAAAAACACAUGUAGGGUCUCUGGCCACCUUGCCCUCCCCCCCCUUAAAUAAUAAGAAAACUCACUUUUUUUUCAGGGCCUAGGCCUCUUGGCUGACAUCUUUAGAAUUUAUGAUCUCUUCUAUACAAAAUUAUUGGAUUGGCUGAGAUUGGCAAUUCUGAUAAUGUCAGCCAAGCAGGCGUGGAAAUGUGGGGCUAAAUGCAGCCUUAGCCAAUCAGCAUCUCGAAUCAGUGCAUCUCUAUGGGGAAAGUUCAACAUCUCCAUGCAGAGCGUGUAGAUGCUGAACUGCCCCCAUGAAUCACCUUAAAGUGGCAGUCAGAGAGGUGGCUAUUAGAAAAAACAGUGUUUACAUUAAAAAGCAUGCAGGGACUGGCUACUCACCAGAACAACUACAUUAGACUGUAGUUCUGGUGACUAUAGUGUCCAUUUAACCCAGGAGUGGGGAACCUCCAGCCCUCCAGAUGUUAUAGACUACAUCUCCCUUGAUGCUUUGCCAGAAUUAUGGCUGUUAGAGCAUUAUGGGAAAUGAAGUGCCAAAGGUUCCCCAUCACUGCUUUAACACUUAUGCUAGCUAACAGCAACCAAAGCUAUCCAUAACAAUUAUUUGUUUAAUAGAUAAGCCACUAGGCUUAGUGCUAAAUAGGUAGACUGUAAUAGCCCAUUGACAGCUGAUCCCAGUCUGUACUGUUACAGCUGGGUAUUAGCGGUCGAUUACUGCAUAGGACAACUGCAAUUGACUUCCACAGCAGACCUAUGGCAGGUAGCAGCCAUUUUAUACUUUUUACAUGUCUUAUGGCAUGUAACAGCUGUUCUUCUAGUGAUGCUUAGAGUAAUCACAAGUAGAAGUGGCGAUCACGAUGUGUACUUUCAUAAUAUAGACUGGCUGAGGUUUAUGGAUACAGUGAUAACUGGGGACAGCGGUCUCCAUGAUCCCUUGUCUUGGGGGGCUUCCACAUCACUAUUUUUAUGGUACCUAAUUUUCGAACAGCACAGGGUAUGUUGACCAUCACAAAUAUGUAUAUGUUCAAAAAAGUAAAUGAAAUGAACAUAUUAUAUGGCUUUAUACAUAGGUGCCAACAGUCUCAAAUUGUGCUGUGACCAUACAAAGAGUACCUCUGCAUCACUCCCGUAUAGUCUGCCUUGAGGGGGCAGGCUGUCGGCAGCCUGGUCAACCUCUUUAGGGAUGGGCAGCAAAAAUUGACACUUAUGCUAUUUGCAACAUGGAGUCAAAUUCCUAUUCCACCUUAGAUAAAAAAAUAAAUUAAAAAAAAAUAAAAACUUUCCAUUUCUUUUUGUUUUGCCACAUCUGUUCUUUUGGUCUUCUUUCAUAAACCUACCAGGAUUUAGGUUUUUGUGUGUGAAUGUUUUUUUUUUUUUGUAUGUUUUUAAAGCAAAUAAAGUCACAAUUUAUUUCUAUUCAGUCAAGGCCAGAGCACACAGUUCACAUUAAGAGGAGAAACAGAAUUUCUUUAUUUCAGUUUCUCCUCCUCUUCCUAUGUUUAACCCAGGAAUUCUCAAUUAAUUUUUCCCAUGGAACCCUUUAACAUAGUGUACCAACAUCAUGGUUGGUACACUUCUGCAAAUUUAGUUUUUUUUUUUUUUGGUUUAUAUACAAUUAUUUCCACAUAUAGUAAACAGAGUGUAGUACCUGUGCUUUUGUGUGUAGAGUUGGUGUUUGUAUGUAAUGUUUGCAUUUGCGUGUAGGGGUGUGAUUGGAUGUAGUGUUGGCUUUUAAAUGCAUGUGUGUAUAGUUGGUGUUUGAGUGAAGGCCGUGUUUGUAUAUAAUUCUGGAGUUUGAAUUCAGGGGUGUUUUUGUAUGUAAUGUUUGUUUGCAGGGUUGGGUUUGCAUGUUGUGUUGGUGUUUGAUUGUGUGUAUGCACACACACUGCCACAUACACAGAUAUACAUACAAAUGAAGACAGAGAUACACACUUCACAUACACACACUGACACAUGAACACACAUGAACACACAUGAACACACAUGAACACACAUGAACACAUCUGAACACAUCUGAACACACCUGAACACACCUGAACACACCUGAACACACCUGAACACACCUGAACACACCUGAACACACCUGAACACACCUGAACACACCUGAACACACCUGAACACACCUGAACACAUUUUGACACAGAUAUACGCACUGGCGCAGAUACAUAGAUAUAUACACACACAUAUACACACACACUCAGAUACACACACAUAUACACACACACUCAGAUACACACAGUGACACACGCACACCUUAACACACAGAUACACACACACACACAUACACACACACACACUGAAAGAUACACACUGACCACUCAGAUACACACACUUGUACAUACACACACUCUGAUACACUGAAAGAUACACACAGUGACCCACAGAUACACACACACUGGCACAUACACACAGAUACAAACAAUCUCAGAUACACACAGUGACACACACCUAUAUACACACACUGACGCUCAGAUACACACACUGGCGCAUACACUCAAAUACACACUAACACAGGUACUCAGUGACUCACACAGUGAAACAUACACACAGUGACACAAAGAUUUCACACAGAUACACACACUGUGAAAUACAUACACAUUUAAUUUUUUAUAUUUGCAGUCACCCUCCUGUUAGCAUAACUGUUGUCUGCAGGAGGAUGACUUGCUGGCUGAGGCUGGUGUGUGUGUGGGGAGCUGCUUGUCGCGAACGCUCCCAAGAGUGUGCAUGACAUAGUUGUGGUAAUGAAACGGUUAAAGUGCCCACCCGAUGGGCAAAUCACUGCAGAACCCCAAUUUUUUUUAUGGUUCUGCGGAACACUAAUUGGGAAACGCUGGCUUAGCAUAUGCUUACUGCCAGGUGCAAAGGACAGAGUUUGUAACAGACCGUGAAUGACCAAAAAAAUGCAGUAUAGAGAGGUGUGGAUUUUUACUUUCAGUUUAAUUUUUCACACUUGACAAACUUAUUUGUUAAAUAUAGGGGAUACGUUUAACCCCUUAAGGACACAUAACAUGUUUGACAUGUUUGAUUCCCUUUUAUUCCAGAAGAUUGGUCCUUAAGGGGUUAAUAUUAAAAAUCCUUGGAAGUGACAGACUCCCCUUUUAGAUGUGCCUCUUUCUAUGCUUUAGAGUUCCAUCUUUUCUUUAACAACUCUGCUUUAAAUUCUUGUAUAGAAUUUGUGUCAGAAUGGUACUUAGCUAUCUAGCAGUUAUCAAGAUGGUGACACUAGCUGCUAUGCUGUUAAAUAUGGUUCCUGUUUUUGGAAAUUAUGAUAAUGCAUGCCGGAUUCAAAGGAAUGCUGGAUGUUUAAAACAAAUUUCCAAAAAUAUGUUUUCUUCUGCGACAUUACAUCUUUGCCUUAAAACUAGGAAAUACAAAUUUAAAUUCCAAUCGGACCACCUUACCAGUAAGUGUCCUUGGGCAUCAGCCUACCUUUUUUAAGCUCAUUUGAGCAGGGCCCUCUUCACCUUCAAAAAUAUCACCUUUCUAUAAUUGCCAAGCUCCAUGGAAUAUGUGGUAUAUGAAUGCUAUUAAUAAUUAUAAUAAUAUAUCUAAUCUAAAACAAUUACUUUAGUAAUAAAGUGUUACUUUAUUAUUAUAACAAUUGUUUUGUUUUUGUUUUUUCUCCAGAUUUCUGUCUCCUUCCACUUUUAACGGACUUGUUUGUGACCAAGGAUACAAAGCCAUCUCAUCAACAAUCUCAGGAAAACUCAGCUGCUGAAGCAACCUCACAAUUAGAGUUCAUGUCUCCUUUAAAAAUUAAUUUGCCACAACACAAAUCAAAUACAUCAUGCAAAACUAAACCUCAAAAUUCAUCGAAGGAUGCAAGAAAAUCCCAAUGGUCUUCAUCAGAUUCUGAAGGAAACUUGGAUGACACGUCACCUACAAUGAUUAAGCAAAGACGCCCACAUGCUCCUCAGACAGCUGCUAUGUAUCAUUUCAGAAAAUCCAUGCAAAAAGGAGAAUUUAAUAUGACUCCAGAUACUAUACAUUCUGAAAAUGUAAGCCCUCCAAUGGAAACUGGGUCUGAGAUUUUAAGUGAUAUUGCUGCCUUACAUAUUGUGCAAAGCAUGGAUAACUCCCCCUUUGAUCUUUGUCAUGUCUUAUUGUCCUUGUUAGAAAAGGUUUGCAAAUUUGACAUUCUGUUAAAUCAAAAUUCUUCAAUAACAGCAUGUGUAAUUCCAACAUUAACAGAGUUUCUUUCAGGAUUUGGCGACUGUUGUUCUUCUAAGAUACUUUCAACAGGCUGGUCUGAUGAAUCUGUAGCACUUGUGCAAAGGAUGUUGUUACGUACUGUGUUACAUCUACUGUCUAUAGACAUUGGCAGUAUGGAUGUUAUGCCUGAUCAUCUGAGGAAGAACCUUGUUGAUUUAUUAAGAACAACUCUAAAAAUUAAAUCUUGCCUAGAGAAAAAUACAGACCCUUUUGCACCAAGACAGAAGAAAACACUACAAGAAGUUAAAGAUGAAUUUAAUUUUUCAAAAUGUCGUCACCAAGCUCUCCUUUUACCAGAGCUUCUAGAAGGCAUUUUGCAAAUGAUUCUGUCGUGCCUUCAGUCUGCAGCCCCAAACCCUUUUUAUUUCAGCCAGUCUAUAGAACUUUUGCAUGAAUUCAUACAACACAAUGGAUUUGAGUUGUUUGAAAGGGCAAUACUUCAAAUGGAAUGGAUAUGUUCAAGAGAUGACAACAUUUCUUAUCAAGCAUCUGACCAUGUGAGUAUUCUCAUUAGCAGCAUUAUAAAAAUAAUCAGCGUGAUCAAAAAAAUUAAAUCAGAACAGCUCCACCAAUCUGUGUGUACAAGAAAGAGACAUAGGAGAUGUGAAUUAUCAACGUUCCUACACCAUCACCGGGAUCUCUCAGGACUUGCUGUAUCACUCUUUAAAAGCCAGGUUUUCAAAAAUCCUUUUGAUGAGAAUGCAAAUGGAGAAGUUCAUUAUCCGGAACGGAGCUGUUGCAUUGCAGUAUGUGCACAUCAGUGUCUUCGGUUACUUCAGCAAGUUUCCUUAACCACUACCUAUGUACAAAUUCUCUCUGGUAUUAACAGUGCUGGAAUUUGCUGUUGUAUGGAUCCCAAAUCCGUCAUAAAACCACUGCUUCAUGCAUUUAAAUUGCCUGCAUUAAAAAAAUUUCAGCUAAACAUAAUGGCUAUCCUCACAAACCUUGUGCUAGAUCAGUUAGGUGGAGCUGGAGUUUCUUUUAAUGUUAAACAAGCUUCGUGUAACAUAUGCAUCAUGGAUGGUGAACAUUUAGAAGAAUUGCAAGAUGCAAUUCAUGGGCAGGAUACAGAUUCUAGUUUAAGCUCAUACAGUCAUUCCUAUAAAUAUCAAGGAAUUUUACCAUGUGCUGGAUCAGAAGACAUGAUAUGGAAAUGGGAUGCACUAAAAGCAUAUCAAGAUAUUGUUUUUGGAAAUGACAUAGAACUUGGUUUGCAAAUUGCUGGCCAUAUAUGCCAUUUAAUCCAGAAAGGCAAUGCAGUUGUCCAGUGGAAAAUGUACACCCUUAUUUUUAAUGGGAUCUUACAACGAGGAGUAGAGAUGGCACAUCAUUCCCAACAUUUAGGUGUAACGACAUCAUGCAACAAAGCUUGCAGCUACCACAUGAAGUGUUUCUCAGAAGAUGUGCUUAAGAUGUAUUUACACGCGUUGCCUAAUCUGCUGAAAAUCAGGUUUGUAAAUUUUGUGUGUGUGUGUUUGUGUGUGUGUAUAUAUAAUAUAUAUUUAAUGCAAUGUUAAACAAAAAUCUGCACACCAGUCAAGCCAUAAGUCUUGCUUUUCCCAUAGAAAUCGCAAAUCUGCAGUGAUGUUAAUACAAAGGAUUCUGGGUGGAAAUAUUAGUUUAACAUAAAAACAAUUUUUUUUCUUCAUUCCAUUUCAAACAUGGAUUCCUUUGAGUCUGUGUUUGCUGUAUACAACAGCUUUGAAACACAAUUUAGGAAAAGAUGCAAAGCCAGUAAACCACUCAUGGACCGCUGCUUCAUUGUUAAUGCAAAUCAUCAGCAUGAGGUUGGUUUACUGGUUUGCUUAUUGAGGCUUGGUAGUGCUUGGGAAGCAAAAUCCAAGUAGGUUAUGGUGGGUGUGAAGGACCGCCUGGCACCCUGACCGGGUACCUCAGUCAAUCGCUUCCUAGUACUGUCUAGUACAAUAAGCACUGCGCUGGAGCACCAUAACCACUGCAAACCCCACAAACCGCCGCAGCUUGGUUGGGGUCUCGCCGUCUCUUACCCACCCUGGGCCUACGACAAGGCUCCAAGUUCCAGUGGGUGAUCCUCUCUCGCUCCAGAGAGCUUAGUGAUUAUACUCAGGGGAGUAUAGUGAUUAUAGCAAUCCCCAGAGUGUAGUUCUCCAAUCCCCCAAACAUAAGCCGAAACGUUAUGAAGGUGCAAGAUGAUCUGAGAGUUUAAUGGUACAAGUUGGAUUUUUAUACAACUUUUCAGGCCAGAGGAACACCCACUGGACCUGAUUGGGCACAGGACACAAAUUGUACAGACCAGGAGAAACAAUGUAACAAUGCCUGACACUCCCACAUACAGCUCACAAUCCCUCACCUCUGCCUGUGAUACAAUUAAGAUAGAUAAUGUAUUAACGUAAUUAUCCCCAAGCAUAAAAGACAUAUUUUACGAAACCCCAAAUAUACCCCAGAACACAACAUCCCCAUAAAUCUUACAUCCCAUGAUAGCCCUGAUCUGGAACAACAUAUCCAAAAUUUACCCAGAUCAGAGCAGGGGUUCAGGAAAUUCCUAUAAGUCGUAUUUUUGACCCACCAUGCACAUGGUCCCAUGCCCAAAACAGUCCCAGAGAAUUAGGGCUAACGGUCGGUCUCUCUGUCUGGAGUACAAAAGUACAUACUUAACAUGAACAGAGCCUUAUAAAGUGCAUUGGGCAAGGUAUAUUGCAGGGCCCAUAGUCCUGAGGCGAUAGGCUGGCCAGCAGGCCCCUCCAAGAACCCUUGACGAGAUUAAGUUUGUCACAGGGCCAUAAUCACAGGGUAGGAGCCUGGCAAACAGGCCCCUCCAAAAGCUAGUGAUGAGGUUACUUUCAUCACAGUGGGGAACGAAUUAUGAUUGAAAACCCCUUCCACCUGAAGUCUGUGGAUAGUUAAUACAAUGUUAAACAAAAAUCUAUCCACAGACCUCAUGUGGAAGGGGAUUUCAAUCACAAUUUCCCCCCACCAUAUUUGGAGAUAUAUAUUUAUUUUUUUCUUUUUAAUACACAAGGAAAGUGUCAUGAAUGAGUGCAAAAUGACAAACUAUAUGGUGACCAGUUGUAAAUAUGUCUUCAAACUAUCUAUUUGCAGUUUGAUGCACUACAUUAGUAAUCAAUCGUGGCACAGGUGUAUUUAAAAAAUAAAAAUAAUCAUGAAAUAGUAUUGAGUUACUUUGUAAUUAUUUAAAGCAUCACUAUAGGGUCAGGAACACAAACAUGUAUUCCUGACCCUAUAGUGUUAAAACCACCAUCUAGCCCCCCUGGGCCCCUCAUGCCUCCAUAAAUAUAGCAAAAUCUUACUGUAUUCAAGCCAUAAGCUGUAACUUUUUUUAGGCAGUCUGCUGACAUCAGCAGAAGUGGUGGCCUGGUCCAAUCACAAUGCUUCCCCAUAGGAUUGGCUGAGACUGACAAAGGGGCAGAGCCAGCAUGAUUCAAACACAGCCCUGGCCAAUCAGCAUCUCCUUAUAGAGAUGAAUUGAAUCAAUUAAUCUUUAUGAGGAAAGUUCAGAGGGUGGAGACACUGAAUGUUUGGAUGCAUUUUAGGCAGCCAUGACCUAGAAAGGAUCCUAGGAACAGCUAUCUGAGGAGUGGCCAGUGAAGUUAUCACUAGGCUGUAAUGUAAACAUUGCAUUUUCUCUGAAAAGACCGUGUUUACAGCAAAAAGCCUGAAGGUAAUGAUUCUAGUCACCAGAACAAAUGCAAUAAACUGUAGUUAUUCUGGUGACUAUAGUGUCCCUUUAAUUAGUCAUAAAUCUCCAGGGCUUCAAUUAAAUCAGAGCUGAUUAUCUUUAUCAGGAGUUUAUUUGCUUUAUUGGUCUGGAUCGAUUACACAGAUGGCACUAAAAACUUACCAGAAGCCUAUAGUUAUCAGUUUGAAAAUCGAAGCCAAUACAAUUUUUAGUUAUUUUAUUUAUUACUAUUUGCCCACUGGCAGCACUAGCAUAAAAAAAAAAAAAAAAAAACUCGACAUUUUAAAAAGAAAAAAACUAUUGCUCCCUCUUCUGUGCCCAAUUGCAUGGAGGCUUAUUAAAGGGACAGUCCAGACCCCUAAUGGACUUGAGCUUUUUUCAUUUUGGAAAUAGUGCAGAGUUCAGUACAAAUUUACACUUUUAUAAAUUAUACUGGUUACAGCCCCCUGGCAAGUAACAGAAAACAGGUCUUGUUACUUCCUGUUAUUUUAGUGAGCAAUGAGCUAAAGAGGCAGCAAUUUAGGCAGCAAUUUAGAGCACUUGCCUUGCAAAGACUUAUCUUUGAGCUGCAUUGGGAGUCCUGUGAGUGCAGUCUCCGUGCUGGAGUAAGUCCUGGGUGCUCGAGCAAGUCUUAUAAAUGAAAUCUGCGUGCUGGAGUAAGACAGUAUGUGCCCCCAGUAUAUACACAUGGUUAUGUCUCACACACUGCCCUGAUAUAUACCCCCAGUAUAUACACAUGGUUAUGUCUCACACACUGCCCUGAUAUAUACCCUUGCACAGGGCAAUUCAUAUAACGUUGUGUACAUACUAAGGGCAUAUUGCCCCCUGCAGGGGCAUAUAUCAUUCUUAUCUAUAAAUACUACACUCUUCAAAUGUGCUUUAACCCUUUAAGGAUCGAGGACGUACUAGGUACGCCUGACAAAAAAAUGGUCCCCAGCCGACGAUCGAUGUUGUUCACGGUUUCUACAAUCAGGGAAGAGAUUUCUAACCUCUCUCCCUCCCCUUCCAAUACAUUUCCAAUACAUCACCCAACCCCACCCCCUCCGCUGUUCUAUGCUCAUUCGCACCUUCUGCAAUGGAAGAGGUUUCUGCUCUGGUCCGGUCCUCCCACCUGUUCCCUCGAUCCUAUUCCUUCAUAUCACAUCCACAAUCUGUCUCCCUCUCUUGCUCAUCCUCUCACUAAAAUCAAUCUCUCCCUUUCCUCUCACCCUUCAAGCAUGCAACCAUAAUGCAGAUUCUGAAAAAGCCCAACUCACCAUCCAACUACCUCCAAGAUCCUUGAGAAAGUUUGUAUGCGAGAUUUACAGACUUCCUCGAAUCCAACUCUUUGCUUAACCCGCUUCAGUCUGGAUUCCCCGCUCGUCACUCUGUUGAAACAGCUGUGACCAAAGUAUCCAACGAUUUAAUCGCUACUAAAUCUUGCACACAUUACUCUAUUCUAAUUCUCCUUGAUGUUUCUGCUGCCUUUGACACGAUUGAUCAUUAACAGCUUCUUCUCAUUCUACCUAAUCUCGGCUUAUGGGAUACAGCUCUUUCCUGUUGCUCCUCCUACCCCUCCCAGCGCUUUUGCAGUGUAUUUUGGCUCUGCCUCUUCUCUCCAAUCUCUCUCUGUUGGCAUUCCCCAUGGUUCUGUCCUUGGUCCCCUACUGUUCUCUAGCUAUACUACAUCCCCCCUCUCAUAAUAUUGUAAAGCGCUACAGACUCUGUUGGCACUAUAUAAAUGGCAAUAAUAAUAAUAAUACUGCCUACCUUGGUAAACUCAUCAGCUCCUUUGGCUUCCAUUAUCAUUUAUAUGCAGGUGACACACAAAUCUACCUGUCCUCUCCUGAUCUCUCUGCCCAUCUUGACUCGUCUCUUACUGCCUGUAAUGGGAAGUCCCCUUCCCAGUUAACCUUCACUGGUUAACACCUGUUACUUCAGCCAAUCAGGAACCCUUGCAUUGUUAGGGGAGACACUCUAUGCACUCCCAGGCAGAGACGACACUCACCCCUGGAAGCUCAUCUUCUGCAAGCUGGAACAGAAGGGUUAAAUCUUCUGAAUCCCCUGCAAGCUGGAACAGCAGGCACAGGGGUUAACUCUUCCCUCCCUCCAGGAAAAGGACUACACACAAUUCUGGAGGUUUAAGCACUGGACUCUGGCAGACUGAUGCUCUUUAUUUUGCACACACAGACUUUAUGCCCAGACCCCUAUAGGGGGUCUCCACUCAGUACAACACAAUCCCAGGCAGGAGGGGGCCGGGUUACAGAUGGCCAUCUCCCGCUCUGGAAGAUACCAACAGCACAUACAGGUACACACAUUAAAACACAUAAACUCCUCAAAAGUACAUUUUCAAUUUCAAAAUGAGUUAAUUGGAUUGCAUGGAAUGUCCAAACUUCCAACCCCAAUCCCUCUUUGAAGCUUGGACUCCAGCAGAGCUAUUCUGUAGGGUGUGUGAAGUCACUCCAACGUGUCCAGGAAGUCUUUUGAUAUGUUAAUGAUCAAGCCCUCUAGAAAUAGGAAUCCCUUGAUUCAAUACCGUAUAAAAAAAAAACACUUGCCUAACCAAACCAUACCCCAGACACGAGAGUUGCAGAUCAUAAACUAUUAAAUAUACAUCCCAAAAAUAGAGGAACCCCCAAAAUAAACCUGGUAAAUCGCACGAAAUUCAUACCCAACACAUGGGGAAACACAGAAUGUAAGCGGAAAACACACACUCAACAAGGAAAAAUCGUGAGAAUACAGAUUGGGGACACAACAUACAAAACCAAAACACCUGAAUAAUCAGUGGGCAUGGUACUUAGUAGCGUUGUCCCGCUACACUACCUCUCUGUGAUUUCCAACUGGAUGGCUGCUCACUUCCUUAAACUCGACCUGUCCAAAACAGAACCUCUGGUCUUUCCUCCCUUAAGUGUUGCUACUCUCAUGUCUGUCUCCCUCCAAGUCAGGCUCGCUGCCUAGGUGGUCUCUUUGACUCCGACCUCUCCUUCACUCAUGACCAGUCGAUCGCCAGAUCCUGCCGCUUCCAUCUCAAAAACAUAGCAUCCGCCCUUAUUUAACACCAGACGCAGCUAAGGUACUGGUCUAUGCCAUUGUUCUUUCUCGCCUUGACUACUGCAAUCCCCUUCUCAGUGUCUUACGUGUUCCCAGAUUGCACCACUGCAAUCUAUAAUGAAUGCGGUGGCGAGGCUCAUUUUCCUGUCCACCAACACCUACCAUGCCUGCCCCCUCGGUCAGUCCCUACAUUGGCUUCCAGUUAGAUAUAGGGCUCAAUUUAAGAUUUUGGUACUGCUUAUGAGUUUCUACAUAAUGCUGCUCCAACCUGCCUAUCCUCCUUAAUACACAAAUAUGUCCCGUCGAGGCCCCUGCGCUCUGUUGAAGACCUAUGCCUAUCCUCUGUCCAUACUCCCACAUCUGAUGCUUACCUCCAAUGCUUCUCCAGGCCUGCACCUUUUCUGUGGAACUCCCUUCCCUUCUCCAUUAGACUUUCACCCAGUCUCCACUCCUUCAAAAAAAUCUUUGAAAAAAAACUUCUUCAGGAAAGCAUAUCACUUAAACUGUUAGUGGGUUUUCAUCCUUUCAUCAUUAGUGUUUCAAAACAGUAAAAGAUAUCACAGUGAUGAUAUUGUCAGUGAAAGUGACAUUUCCUUGCAUUUUUCACACACAUACUGCACCUUUACUGAUAUCAUUGUUGUUAAGACAUCCCUGGUGCCUAUGAGUGAAACCGCCGUUUAGUUAAGCUUCCCCCUUCACAAUCUUACUACCUCUGUUCGCAUAUACUGCUGUGUACGAACCACCAUCAGGGGAAGCGGCAAUCUCCCGACCGGGAUCCGUAAGAGGGCUCCAAACUCCCAAACAUAAAUCCAUGAUUCGUCGCUAGACGCCGAACAAGUAUAUCCACCAAGCGGCUUUCGGCUUCAGCAAUCAGUCUCUAGUUGUCGGUAAUAAAUCCCCCCAAUAACGAGACCAAGCUCCGUAUUGAGGGAAAACAAGAUCUGGCUUUACUGUGGGCUACCCGCCCGUAUUUAUGCAGGUCUCCCACUUGGUGGACACUCCCCUAGGGGACCAAAUGGGAGACUGUGAUGACAGACAUUUGGCUAUUUCAGACAUACAGGCACAAACUUUUCCCACAAUGCAGCAUGGUUUCCUCCCCUCUGCCCUGGAGAUAAUUGAGAAGUAAUUCAAUAAUCUCCAGGACAAAGACAAAUCGCCAUUUUAAGUAAAACACCAGAAAACACACAAAAUAAAUAAUUACACAACUACCGAACAUUUUACAUUCGUAUAACGUAUCCCCAGAUAGCCUGGAUCUGAGGGCAUAUUAUUAGCGAAUAGCGCUCAGAUCCCAUACACAUAGUUCAAUCGCCAUGGAGUCAAAGUUCUUACAGUCUUUCGGUAUGCGAUUGACUCCAUGGGAAGGCUAUCUGGGUUAAGUCUCUUAAGUCGACGGAGAAGGGUGACCUGUUGUUUCAGCGGUGUUCGGCAGAAAAAGUGUGCGUUUUUAGUUCCAUGGAAUAAAUGCCAAACAUAGAAACAUAGAAUGUGACGGCAGAUAAGAACCAUUCGGCCCAUCUAGUCUGCCCAAUUUUCUAAAUACUUUCAUUAGUCCCUAGUCUUAUCUUAUAGUUAGGAUAGCCUUAUGCCUAUCCCACGCAUGCUUAAACUCCUUUACUGUGUUAACCUCUACCACUUCAGCUGGAAGGCUAUUCCAUGCAUCCACUACCCUCUCAGUAAAGUAAUACUUCCUGAUAUUAUUUUUAAACCUUUGUCCCUCUAAUUUAAGACUAUUUUCUCUUGUUGUGUAUUCUGUACUCUGCCCUUGGGUUUUUACGUCCAAGAUGCAUUAUCUUGCACUUAUCCACAUUAAAUGUCAGUUGCCACAAUUCUGACCAUUUUUCUAGUUUACCUAAAUCAUUUGUCAUUUGGCUUAUCCCUCCUGGAACAUCAACCCUGUUACAUAUCUUAGUAUCAUCAGCAAAAGACAUACCUUACCAUCAAGACCUUCUGCAAUAUCACUAAUAAAAAUAUUAAAGAUAAUGGGUCCAAGUACAGAUCCCUGAGGUACCCCACUGGUGACAAGUCCAAGCUUCGAAUAUAUUCCAUUAACUACAACCCUCUGUUGCCUGUCACUCAGCCACUGCCUAACCCAUUCAACAAUAUUUGAAUCCAAACUUAAAGAUUGCAGUUUAUCCCUCAAGCCUUCUAUGUGCAACAGUGUCAAAAGCCUUACUGAAAUCUAGGUAAGCAAUGUCUACUGCACCACCCUGAUCUAUAAUUUUAGUUACCCAAUCCAAAAAAUCAGUAAGAUUAGUUUGGCAUGAUCUCCCUGAAGUAAACCUAUGUUGUCUCUGAUCUUGAAAUUCAUGUGUUUUUAGAUGUUAAUCAAUCCUAUCUUUUAACAUGGUUUCCAUCACUUUCCCCACUACUGAAGUAAGGCUUACUGGCCUUUAGUUGCCCGACUCCUCCCUAUUACCUUUCUUGUAAAUGGGCACAACAUUCGCUAACUUCCAAUCUUCUGGGACUACUCCUGUUAACAAUGAUUGGUUAAAUAAAUCUGUUAAUGGUUUUGCUAGUACACCACUAAGCUCUUUUAAUAGCUUUGGGUGUAUUCCAUCAGGUCCCAUUGACUUAUUUGUCUUUACUUUUGACAGUUGAAAUAGAACCUCUUCCUCUGUAAACUCGCGUGUAAUAAAUGACUAAUUUAUCCUUUUUCUCAACUGAGGUCCCUUUCCUUCAUUUUCUUCUGUAAAUACAGAACAAAAAUAUUCAUUGAGGCAGUCAGCUAGACCUUUAUCCUCUUCUACAUACCUUCCUUCUUUUGUUUUUAAUCUAACUAAUCCUUGUUUUACUUUUCUUUUCUCAUUUAUGUAUCUAAAAAAUGUUUUAUCCCCCUUUUUUACUGACUGUGCUAUUUUCUCUUCUGUGUGUGAUUUGGAAGCUCUUAUAACUUGCUUAGCCUCUUUCUGCCUAAUCUUAUAGAUCAUUUUGUCUUCCUCACUCUGGUUUUUUUUAUAAUUCCUAAAUGCUAACUUUUUGUUUUUAACUAUUUUGGCCACAUCUGCGGAGUACCACAGUGGUUUCUUGAAUUUUUUGCUUUUACUGACAAGCCUAAUGCAAUUUUCUGUUGCCUUCAAUAGUGCAACUUUUAAAUAAUCCCAUUUUUCUUGGACUCCAUUUAAAUUGCUCCAGUCUGAUAAUGACUCCUCUACCCAUAUUCUAAUUUUAGAAAAGUCUGUUUUUCUAAAGUCUAAAACUUUUGUUUUUGUGUGGUGUGACUCAGUCGCUGUUCUUAUAUUAAACCACACUGACUGAUGAUCACUGGAUCCUAAACUUUCACCUACAGUAACAUCUGAUACCAAAUCUCCAUUUGUUAACACUAAAUCUAGUAUGGCCUCUUUGCGAGUUGGCUCCUCAACAACUUGUUUUAGAGACAAUCCCAGUAGGGAGUUUAGAAUAUAUGUGCUCCUGGCACAAGUAGCUAAUUUUGUUUUCCAAUUUACAUCAGGAAGAUUAAAGUCACCCAUGAUGAUAACUUCCCCCUUCAUUGUCAUUUUAGCUAUUUCGUCAACUCAUAGAUUAUCUAACUCUUCAAUUUGUCCUGGUUGCCUAUAAAUCACACCUAUACGAGUUACUGUGUGAUUACCAAAUUCUAACGUAGCCCAAAUGGACUCUAUGUUUGCCUCACUAACUUUUAUUAUUCUAGAUUUUAUGCUAUCCUUCACAUACAAGGCCACCCCUCCCCCUUUCUUGCCUUCCCUAUCUUUCCUAUAUAAAGAGUACCCUGGUAUUGCUAUGUCCCAGUCAUUUUUCUCAUUGUACCAUGUCUCAGUAACAGCGACUAAAUCUACACUAUCAGUUGCCAUUAUUGCUGCCACAAGUUCAUGGAUCUUAUUCCCUAAACUGCGAGCAUUUGUAGACAUGACUCUAAGCUUAUCAUUUUUUAACACACUUGCUACAGGCACCUUCUGUCCUUGUUUUGGGGGACAAUUGGAUUGAUGUUUUAUCACCCUUUUGCCCCCCCCUCCUAGUUUAAAUACAUCCUAGCAAAACCUCUGAACUGCUCACUGAGAACAUUUGUUCCCUUUUGAGAAAGAUGCAAACCAUCUUUUUUGUACAGCUUAUCUCCAUUUCAAACAGAGCUACCAUGAGAAAUAAAGCCAAAUCCUUGCUCCCGACACCAUUCACCAAGCCACAAAUUAAAGUCCCUAAUACGCAUCCGCCUGUCGUUCUGAGUGUUAUGCACAGGCAGAACUUCAGAGAAUGACAGUGUGGAAGCAACCUGCCGUAUAUCAUUGGCAAAAACACUAAAAACUUCCUUAACCUCUGAAACCUCAUUGCAAGCCAAGUCAUUUGUCCCUAGAUGGACAAGUACAUCCAAUUCCCCUUCCUGCUUUGCUUGCUUAACAAUAUUAUAGAUACGUCUCCUGUCUCUGUGAGCAGUAGCUCCGGGAAGACACCUCACAAGACCACCAUUGUCCAUCUCCACACCUCUUAUAAUGGAAUCCCCCAACAACUGCUUUCUAUUAGGCCUCACCAUAGUCUCCAAGCCGGUCUCCACAACACCACUAGUCUCAGUGCCUCUCUCCACAACACCACUAGUCUCAGUGCCUCUCUCCACAACACCACUAGCCUCAGUGCCUCUCUCCACAACACCACUAGCCUCAGUGCCUCUCUCCACAACACCACUAGCCUCAGUGCCUCUCUCCACAACACCACUAGCCUCAGUGCCUCUCUCCACAACACCACUAGCCUCAGUGCCUCUCUCCACAACACCAUUACACUCUGAAAGUGCAGAAAAUGAAUUCUGAAGAGCAACAGACUGUGCAAAAUGCCUUUUAUCCACAACUCUAAGUCUACCAGAUCCUACAGUAAUCCAUCUGCCAUUCCUAGUAUGUCUCUGCGGCAGUGGCUUUGCAGCAGUUCCAGUCUGAGUUUGUUCACCAGAUAAUUUACAAAUCUCAGACUUCAAAAAUACAAUCUCCUGCCGCAAGAUAGAGAACUGUCUACAGAUUAGACAACAACCAAACCUCCAAAAAGUGGAACGUGAAACAAAUGCAUAGCAAUUGUUACACUGAACUAAGUCUGCCAUUCCAAUUAGGAGAAUAAUUUAAAUCUAACAAAUCUUAACUUUGUAUUUAUCCUCCGGAAUUCCUCAGAUUACCUCCAGUUUAUCUCCAGAAUAUCCCCAACUACACACUUAUAAACAGCACUUAGAAGUAGCACCAAGCUAGAUUAGACAAGCUAAUGACAACAAGCCUUAUAUAACUCCUAAAAUCACCACCCACUAGGAAUGUUUAACACCUGGGUAGGCCUCUGCUUAUUUGCAAACAAUAGCUAAUUAAGUAGCAAUCGAUAGCAAGUAACUUGCUUAAUCAAAUCAAAUGCCUUAUAAUUACCAACAGGAAUUCAAACCUUGUGCAAUCAGUAACCUUUUCCUACAGAUGAAUCUUACCUGUAACAAUAGAAAAGAAAGCUCUUAGCACAACUCUUAGACAGUUGAAGCUUCUGUAAAACUCUCCAGAAUAUCUCCAACUACACACUUAUAAACAGCACUUAGAAGUAGCAGCAAACUGGUCUUUCAUGUGAUUUAAAAUGGCCGCUGCCUCGUGGUCGACAUGCGAACGACGACCACCCUGUAUUCGGUUAUAAUUAAGAAGUGUCUGCGGUUAACCACAACGUUCUAAUUGGGAUCAAGAGGUUAACCAGCAGCACACUUCUAUUCUGGGUGGCCGUCCGUUCGGUAGAUUUGUUAGGUAAAAAGUCAAUCAUACGCAUGGGCUAUAGAAACAAGCAAUUUCCACGAAAGGAAGGCAAACUAGACGAAUCCACAAAUAAUAGUCAUACAGAUGGGUCUGUCACAAUUGUUAUAGGUUUUGCAGUUUUGAAACACUAAUAUUUAUGUUCAGCAAAGUCUCCCGAGGUAUAACAGUACCCCCCAUGUACAGGUUUUAUAGUGUUUUUGAAAGUUACAGGGUCAAAUAUAAGGCUUGAUUUUCCGUUUUUUCACAUUGAAAUUUGCCAGAUUGGUUAUGUUGCCUUUGAGAGCGUGUGGUAGCCCAGAAAUGAGCAUUGCCCCCAUGAUGGCAUACCAUUUGCAAAAGAAGACAACCCAAGCAAUUGCAAAUGGGGUAUGUUCAGUCUUUACAAACACUGGCCGAAGUUAUUUUAACAUUUUAACACACAAACAAAUAUAAAUGCUAACUUUGGCUAGUGUUUGUGACUAAGUGGCUACUAAAAAAGACUAGACAUACCCAUAUGGAAUACCCUGGGUUGUCUACCUUAAAAAAAAAAAAAAUGAUGUAAGUGUGAGGUGUGAUUCAGAGAUUUAUAACAGAUAAUAGUGUUACAAUGUCACUAUUGAUACAUUUUAAAAAUAUAUAUUUUGAAACCUCAAUGUCCUACUUGUAUUUAUAGGCUUAUAGCUUGCAAAAAAAAGCUAAGAACAUGUUAACAUUGGGUAUUUCUAAACUCAAGACAAAAUUUAGAACCUAUUUAGCAAGGGUGUUUUUUUGCGGUUGUAGAUGCGCAACAGAUUUUGGGGGUCAAAGUUAGAAAGUGUUAUUUUUUUUUACAAACAAUGUCAUAUUUUAUUUUUUUUUUAUAGUAAAUUAUGAUAUGAUGAAAAUAAUGGUAUCUUUAGAAAUAAAAUUUAUUGGCGAGAAAAACUGUAUAUAAUAUGUGUGGGUACAGUAAAUGAAUAAGCGGAAAAUUACAGCUAAACACAAACAUCGCAGAAAUGUAAAAACAGCCCUGGUCCUUAACGGUAAGAAAAUUGAAAACCGGUCUGGUCACUUAGGGGGUUAAAAUGCAUGGUUUUCCCUUUUGUGAACAAACAUAUAACACUAUGAUAUGGGGCUGAUAUAAUGACACAAUGUUAUUGGUCUGGUAUAGAAUUAUUCCCAGGGCUGGUUUUUAUCCCCAGUCUGGCACUGAUAUGGUGUGAUAUCCCACUGUUAUGCUUGUAAAAAGAUGCAAUUUGCCUAUGUUGUGUUUGCAGUAAGGUGUAAUGGCCUGUGUUAUGCCUGUGGCAAGAUGUGAUGUGCCUAUGCUUGCUUGUCAUUAGAUGUAAUGUGCCUAUACUAUGCUUGCAAUAUGGUGACUAGCAUUCCUCUGGCACAUCACCAUCAUCACACAAGUAUAAAUAUGUGUGUGUAAAUAUAUAUUCAUGAUACAAGGCUCUUGACACAUAUUAUUGGAAAAGCAUUGUAUAUGGAGCUUUGCUAUUUCAUGCGCACUAGCAGAUCGGAGGGUUUGUAGGAGUUCUCCUUGCAGUGGUUUCAUAUGUUUCUUUAGUUUUCCUUUACAUGGUGGAGCACAUUCUUUAAAAUUUUAACUUUUUUCAUGAUUUGGAGGCGGGCCCUGGUGUAUAACUCUUCGCCAAGGGCGCUAGAGACCCUAUGUACGCCUCUGAUAGUAAGUGUACAUAAACAUCAGCACAUAUAUAUAUAUAUAUAUAUAUAUAUAUAUAUAUGUGUGUGUGUUUUUUGUUUUUUUUUAAUAAAAGUUGUAAGUUGUUAGUCGCUGUCUAAUGAGUGAGAUAGAUUGUAUGCACUAAUAGUAAAUGGAUCGCGAAUGACUAACAGGAAGUGAGUCAUAUCCUAAUCCUAAUAUGGUUAACUAGCUGAAAUGUCUGACUUCACUUGUGAUAGUGCAAGUUUGGAAAAUAAAACUAAAAAUAACAAGCUUUAUCAUGUAAUUAGUACCAAAUAGAUAGGUACCACUGGGUUAAUAUACUAUGUCAUAGCAUGAAGGCAUAAAAGUUAAAGCAUAAUAUCUGAGCAAUAAAGCUGCAUCUAGUGUACUACAUUCAGUGUGGGAUUUUAUAGUAUGUAAACAAGUGUGCUAACUAGGAGCUACUAGACAAGUAAUUUCAGAGUAAGUCUAAUGGUGGGUACCUGAGUGAAACAAUAUACAUCCUCACUUUUUAGGUUAAUGGAAACCAUCGAUAUUAAAACUGCUAAUACAAAAUAAACUAUAUUGCCACUGGGUGCCUACAGUGAAAAGACAUGAAUAAAUCCCUGCAAUACUAGUGGAGCAUGUACUAAGAAUGCAUAUUAAGUCAGGGAUCCCUGGCCUUUUGGUAGAGAGGGUAUUAACCCAUGGCCACCACACUGAGUUCCCGGCAGAGUAUUAUUGCUCAAGACCCAGAGGCCGGCACCCUGCCAGCCCUAGGCUCUUGCACAGUUAAGCGCACUUUGCCCACCGGUCCGAUUGCGUCCUGCUUCCCGAACUUGGGCUCAGUAUCUGCCACCAAACUGCUGCUUGCCAUAAUGAAUUUCUGCCUUCCGAGAAUGUGAGUCGUGCUUAGUGGGUUGACCCUCAUUGGACUCAGGCCAAGGUGAGUGACGGUUGCCCACAGAAGCGAGCCUCUGGGCUUGAGAUGCCAACCACUUCCUCUUCCUCCACCUCAAUCCUGCUGGAUUGAGCUGCCUGAUAAGGUGUUUGCCGCUUUGUACUUCUCUGCCUUCUCGCUUUUAGCGCCAGGGCAGGGUGAGUACGAGCAGGCUCCGGAUCGUGCCAGAGUUCAGUUGUAAAAAGCCUUUCUUCCUGGUACAACUCAUCUUUUUUUGAGUGAGUGUGGCCAGGAAUCUUAUCCAUAGCCGUUCAAAGGCAUGCUCAAUGCGCUCCUCGUGGAGGGCCCUGGACACUGUGGUGGCCAUAUUGGAAUGGAGUUCAGCCCCACAAGAGUAUCUGCUUAUAUUCAUUGUUUGCAGUUGUGUUGUAUUUGCGUCGGGUCUGCACCGCAGUGGGGAUGGGAAAACCCCCACCUGUCCAAAGAGGUGGGAAACAGGGCCCAAAACAAGAUAUAAGUGCGUUAGGUGAAGGAGCGGCCACCCCCUCCACCCUGCCUAACAUUGUAGGCCUCAGAUGCAAAUUGAGCUGGGUGCUUGUAGGCUUUCCUCUGAGAUUCAGACUGUCGGUAUGGUUCAGGUAGGUAGUGUAGGCAAGCUUGCCUUCUAAAAUGAUGUUAAAUACCCCUCCAGUAUGUUUAGUUUCAGUUUUCCAGCAAGGAAACAUACGUUUGCCUCAGUUGGCUGUCAGGCACUGCCCCCCAUAAUUAUUUUUUUUUAAAAAAUUUAAAUGACCAAAUCCAUUCAGUGAAAGGGUUAAAAAAAAAAAAUCCUUUCCUUAUUCAAGCAUAGAGGUCUCUCAGGCCGGCUCUGUCUCCUCCCCCUUCGUCACCCUGGGGUUGGAAUCUAAUGCGCAUGCCUAAGACCUUCCCCAUAGGAAAGCAUAGAAUUGGAUCUUUCCUAAGGGGAUUUGAAGAUGUUGGAGAUUCUGGAGUAAAACUUGAAGACAGUCACUAAAGGCAGUCUUAACACUGCAAUGUAAACAUUGCAGGUUCUCUAAAACUACAAUGUUUUACAUUGCAGUGAAAAUGUAUUGACAAAACAAGUUUGUCUAAAAACCAAAGGGACAGCUUCCACAGUCUCCUUGCAUCAUAAAAACUACAAUAAGCUGUACUUGUAGUGAUGCUUAAAGGGGCACUCCAGGCACCAAAACCGUUUCAUCUAAAUUAAGUUAUGGCGCCAGCAAAACCCCUGGUUCACACCUACCUCAAGAGGUAACCCCAAAUUUGCCUCCAGUGCUAAACUCCGCUUCCCCAGGCGGCAUUCUGCUUCUGAAAUUUCCUUUUUUAGGAAGACCAGAGUGCUGCUGGUCAGGGGCGCCGCUGGUUGGCUGAGAGCGAUCAGCUGAUGCUCUCAGCCAAAGAGUGACUCCCCAUUCACAAACCUGGCUUGGAAAGAAACUUCAGAUUAGUGCAUGGUGAGUCACUGAUUGGAUGAAAGUGUCACCUUGUCGCUCUCAACCUGUCAGAGGCAUUCCGCACUUCUUGAAAUGAGUAUGUUUAACAUAAAAUGUAGUGUUUUUUUAACUGUGUGGUGUCUGUGUUUGAAUUGAUAUCAAAUUGCAAUAUAUAUGCUGAACAUUUUCUCUCUCAACAGUGUGGUAAAAGAAGCUUUCCUUAAUUUGAAUGGAUUAAAUCAAAUGAUUGAACUUCAUUAUUUAGACUCCGUGAGGUGCCUGUGUUUGAAAGUGUUUGAAACACUUAUAAUCUACACUGAUGAACAACAGAUUGACUACCUAAUGCCAGAAAUUGGAAAUGAAAAUGAUAAAACCGAACCAACACAGGAAUCAUAUCUUCUCCUUCAGAACCAGCAAUCAUGUUCAGAUGUUUACCAGAGUUUGAGUAAAUUCUAUGCAGGUUUAAAAGAUGCUUCUCCAAAGAGGAAAAAGGAAGUACACCAGAAUAUAAACACAAUAAACAUAUUUCUCUGCUUGGCCUUUUUGUGUGUAAGCAAAGAGGCAGAAACUGAACAUGAAUACGCAAAUGAAUCUGAAGACACCUCUGGUUAUGAUAGCACAGCAAGUGAACAUUUAAGCAACAUUUUACCAAAGUUGCCAAUGGAAAGCCUUGUUUUGCCUUCUGCAGAGCAUAUAUACAGAGCAGCGGACAUCUGGUCUAUGUGCUACUGCUUAUACUUAUCGAGUUCAGUGUUUCAGAAGCAAUUUCAUAAACUUGGCAGCUCUGAUUUAUGUCAUCGACUUGUAAUAAUGAUAAUCCAAAAACUUUCCAGUUUCAGAGACGACAGAAAACAAAACCUGCAUACUCCAAGUCUUGAUACCUUAAUUAAUACUGCAAAAGAAAGAUCUUGCCUGGGGUUACAAGCCAUGAAAGAAAAUGAAAGUAAAACAUUAUCUGAAGAGCUUUCUUUAAGUGACUUUAAAGAACUUGGGGCUCAUAGUUCAACUGAUUCAUCCUGUGGUUUAAUUGGGACUGAAAAGAAAAACAAGUGGUCAGUUCAGACUGUGAGAUUUUUUGAAGCUUUGUUAUCUAUAUGUCUUCAUAGUGCAGGAAACGGUCAACAGAAAACGGAAAUUGAAGGAUCUUUCCAGGUAACACAAUGUUCUAACCACCACCUACCCACACACACACACAAAAUUGGUAUGUAGCAUUUUCUGUUGACUAAACUCAUCCAAUGGAUUAUUCAUAUUAGUAUUAUUAUUAUUUAGUAAGCCUGCUCUGUGUAUUAUUUAAAGAGAUACUGUAGUGCCAGGAAUACAAAGCUGUAUUCCUGGCUGAUCUGUGCCUGUUACUAUAUAACUGCCACUCCAUUCCCAAAUCUCUUAUACCUACCCCAGAUGGAUUGCAAUGUAUCAACCAAAGGGGGUUGUGCUGAUACUGCUAAUGAAGUAGUUUUCAUGUUCAUAAAAGGCACUACUGAUCCCCCUGCCUCCCUCACUCUCCCUCCUACUCUGUAA